UCAAUGUAGGAUAAAUUGACAUUCUCCAUUUCUUCCCAUUGCUUCUCCAAAAUCUAGGGCAUCUUUUUAAACUUCAACGCGAUUUCCCUAAACCGUGAAGACUUUUUUUCCCCUUCUUCUUCUAAUCGUCGAGGAUGUUUCAGAUCUUGUGAUUAUCUUUUACUAUCAUUACAACUUAAACCCUAGCUAGCUCCAAUUACUCAGUAGUGACUGGUUUUUUGGUGUCUCAAUUUUUGUGCGCAAUGGAAGAAAACUCAGAUAAUGAAAAAUUCGACGCUUUUGAAUUUAAUACUGAUGAUGAAGCUGUUGAAUUGGUCUCUGAAAAAUUCGUCGAUAAAUUCACUAGUAAUCCUGCUUCGUUGUACCUUCAACCCGUUUCUAGUGAAGCUGAUUUUCAACCAAGGAAUAUGGAUGACAUUGAUGUGCAAGCCAAUGACUUCUCAGAUGAAGGUGAUUCAAGCUCUCCAUCAUCACCUUCUUCUUCUGAUCUUGGCGAAAACGAAGGCUAUUUAGAAGAUCCAGCGUCUCAUUCUUUUUCUGAUGGUCUGGAAUUGGAAUCAGUGGAUGUGGUAGUUGUUUCCCCUGAUUAUAUUACAUUUAGGGACAAAUAUUGUACAGAAUCCUCGCUGAUUUUUUCCAGUAGUGGUGUUACGCUCGAGGGUACAAAUACACUUGGAGAGAAGGAAUGUUUUAGAUCAGAAUGGUCAAUUUAUGAUGUCACUCAUAUUGAGUCCAAGUGGUGUGUUAUGGUUGAUACAGCUCUAGUUAAGCUCCAUGUAAGAGAAACUACUGUAGUGGGAGAUUCACAUGGGCCUCCAGACGUUGUUGUAUUAAACUUCGCAAUUUAUGAUGAUCGGUGGGCUCGGAAGCAGGAAAAAAUCACGUCACUGAAUGCAAGAUACAAGGCGGUAUGGUAUGAAGUGGCAGGCAACGGAGUGGCAAGGUUAGAAGGCAACUGUAUGGGUCAAAACAGCACAUUCUCUUUGGAGCGCUAUUUACACGAAAAGCAUUUUGAAGAUGUCAUCUAUCCAAAGGGCGACCCUGAUGCUGUUUCUAUAAGUAAGAGAGAUGUUGAUCUAUUAGAACCAGAGACUUUCAUCAAUGAUACUCUCAUUGACUUCUAUAUUAAAUAUCUGAAGAAUAAGAUCCAACCUGAGGACCAGCAUAAGUUCCACUUUUUCAAUAGUUUUUUCUUUCGCAAGCUAGCUGAUUUGGACAAAGAUCCAUCUAGUGCUUCGAAAGGCAGGGCAGCUUUUUUACGUGUUCGGAAAUGGACAAGAAAAGUGAAUCUUUUUGGAAAGGAUUACAUUUUCAUUCCUGUAAAUUAUAAUCUUCAUUGGAGUUUGAUUGUCCUUUGCCAUCUUGGGGAAGUGGCUAAAUCUAAAGAAACUGAUGACUACCACAAAAUGCCCUGCAUACUGCAUAUGGAUUCUAUCAAAGGAAGUCAUAAAGGUCUCCAAAAUCUAAUUCAGAGUUACUUAUGGGAGGAGUGGAAAGAGAGGCAAGCAGAAUCAUCUGAAGAUCUAUUAUCCAAGUUCCUAAAUUUACGGUUUAUCAAUCUCGAGCUGCCGCAGCAGGAGAACUCGUUUGAUUGUGGUCUCUUCUUGCUACACUAUGUGGAAUGUUUUCUGGAAGAUGCUCCAAAUAGCUUCAGCCCCUUAAAUAUACUAAAGUCUUCCAAUUUCCUUAACAUCGACUGGUUUCCACCUUCUGAAGCUUCUCUUAAGCGUGCUCGUAUGAAGAAAUUAAUCCAGGAACUUGUUGAUGAUCAUUCUCCUGUAACCCCUGAACCUGCUUCUAGUGAUGGACUAGCAUUUCUUUGUGGGAGGAGCAGUUUGUCCGGGAUUGGUGAUAAUAAUUCAUUUUUACCUACCGUGGAACCAGGCAUUGAAAUGAAUCUUUUGGAAAGAACACCUACAAAUGAUGUUCAAUUUGGCAACGAUCAAGGAUCGGUUUACAGGGAGUUUUUUGAGCCUGGAAGUACAGCUGAAACAUUUCCACAUGAGCAGUAUCGGGCCUUUGAUCAGCAUUCAGUUCCUCACACGUCGAAGUAUGGUAUGUCACCAAUAGAGGAAGGAGAAGAAUCCCAAGAGGGGAUUACUUCACUAUCAGGUGCAGCAGGUGGCUGGGAACCAGGUGAACUGACAUUUGAAACUUGUUCAACCUCAUACGUGUCAAAAACUGUUGGAGAAGCAGAGCAAUUAUGUAAUCUAGGUGGCUUCUCCUUGCACCUUGAAGAACAUAAUGAUAACUCAAUCCCUCCUGCCUCCACCUUUGGGUACCAGGAUUCAUCUGAAGUAAGGUUUGAUAUGCUCUCCUUAAGCAGAGAAAUCGCACCACAAAGUCAGCAAGAACAAACAGAGGAAGCAAAUGCCUUCCAAGAUAAUGUUUAUGGUUCUUGCCUCACUGAUAAGGCGAAUAAUUUUAUGGUUGAAGGAUCCCAAGGAAUGGAAAGUAACACUAACGUAUUUGAGAACGAAGAAUAUCUCUCUUGCAAAGGCAGCUCUCCAGCUGCCAUAUCCUGUGAAGAGAAGAAUUUUUUAAGUGAAGAAAGAAAUCCUCCAGGAGAUGACUUGCAAUUAAAUGGCGGUGGUGCAAGAUCUGGAUUAAGUGAAGACCAUCAAGAUGUGCAACUACUAGAAGAUGAUUUAAAAUCAGAACUAGAUGAACAUAAUCAUAUUGCUAAGAGGCCAAGGCUUAUGCUUUCUAGUGAAGGCUAAAAAAUGGUUCACCAGAUUCAUGUCCAGAAUGUGUUUAUUGCUCACACGAAGAUGCCAAUUUCUGAAUAUACAUGGUUGAGUAGUUCUGUAGUAUUCAUUUUUUUCUACGUGUUUUGCCUGCACCGUGCAGUGAAAUUUUCAUACCUUGUGUUUUACCUGACCUUGUUGUGAAUAUUUCUUGCUGGGGGCUCUCUACUAUAAAACAACGUUGGCCAUUGUAAUGUGUACUUAAUUAACUCCCAUUUUGUCAGAAAUGUAAACAUGCUCCGGUUCUUGCA